AUGCGAGUGGUGGUGCAGCGGGGGAUCGCCCCCGGCCGGCCAGGCAGCGGCAGCGGCGCCCGGCAGCGCGGGCGGGCCGCGCUGGCAGCGGCGGCCGCCGCCGAGGCGCUGCUGGCGGCGCUGCUGGCGGGCCUGCUUCUGCUGCCGCGCGCGCACGGCGCGGCCGCGGCCGCGGCAGGCGGCGACGGCGGCGGGCUGGGGGUGCACGACUGCCCCCAGCACGCCAGGGGUGGCUCCAUCCUGGAUCUGCCAGACACCUCCGACUGCCGCAGCCUGCUGCGCCUGAUGGCCGCCUGCCUGCCCAGCUGGCACGCCGCCGUGGCGCGCGCGGAGCCCGGCAGCAGCUGCUGCCAGCACGCCGCCGCCUUCUUCGACCUGCAGUGCCACUGCUGGAGCAGCCAGUUUGACGGCGCGGUCGUGUCGGGCGUGGGGGCGGUCGACGACGCCUGCAGCCCCGGCACCAGCGUGGACGAUGCCGCCGCCACCGCCACCGCCGCCGCAUCCGCCGGAGAAGGGGCGGCCGGCCAGGCGGCGCAGCAGCAGCAGCAGGAGCAGCAGGGCGAGGAUGCCUCCACCAGCGGCGGCGGCGGCGCGCUUGCGCGGCUGCGGGACUCCGUGUUUGGCGGCGGCGGCGGCGGCCAGGCGCGGCCAAUACACCUCAAGACCGCGGGCGAGCUGCAGCAGGGGCAGGGCGAGGGUGCGGCCGCGCCCGGCGGCGUGCGGCUGUACGUGGGAGUGCUGUCUGCUGCGGCCAGGCGGGAGGCACGGGACGCCAUCCGCGCCACCUGGGGCGCCCACCCGGCCGCCUACCGCACCCGCUUCUUCCUGGCCCGCCCCGCCAACGACACGCUUUUUGCAGAGGUGCGGGCGGAGGCGGUACAGAAGCGGGACAUGGUGGUGCUGGGCCACGUGACAGAGGCGUAUGCCAACAUCAGCCACCAGACGCUGGAGGUGAUGCGGGUGGCGGCGGCAGACCCGGGCACCACCCACGUGCUCAAGACAGACGACGACAGCUACGUGCACCUCGACCGCCUGCUGCGCCGCCUGCCUAGCCUGCCCAGGGAGCGGCUGUUCUUCGGGAACAUUGAGAACCCGGGGGGCAAGCCGCACCGGGAGCCGGGGCACCAGUGGUUUGUGAGCAGGGAGGAGUGGCCCAGCGAGCGGUACCCGCCCUGGGCGCACGGCGCCGGCUACGUGCUGUCUGCUGACCUGGCGGCUGAGGUGGCAUCGGGAACCGCGUACGCCGCCAGCGUGGGCGGCCACCUGUUCAGGUUUGAGGAUGUGGCGCUGGGCGGGUGGCUGGAGUGGGCUGCGGAGCGGGGAGGAUUCAAGAUACGCCUGGUGGCAGACCGGCGGUUCAACUUUGGGGGCUGCCACCACGGCGACCUCGUGUCCCACUACAUCCAGCCGCGGCAGCAGCUGUGCAUGUGGGCGCAGGAGGGGCGGUGCAAGGGCUGCUAG